AUGGCGGGCUCUGGACCUUCCCGUCCGCUUUACCUUCGGCGUUCUGUGCUCAAGAUGGCUAAUCUUCCUAACCUGCGGCGUCUCUUCGUCGAAGCGCGCACAGAAGUCGAGGAGAACGAGUACUCCCGGACAGCGUUCUAUAACUUGGUUCUCUUCAUUUCAUCCGUCGCGAUCUUCAGUUUGGCCGCUCAACGCAUGAGUGGACCCAAGGCCGGCCGGUGA